UACGGACUUCAGUCCCCAUCGGGCAGUCGACGACGCGCGUUGUGUCGACGCUCUCUCCCCGAACGAAAGCGUUCGACGAAAAUCAUUUUCGCGAUCGAAGAAAAUUAUCGAAAAAUUUUCAUUCGUUGGAUUUUUGGAAACUGUGAAAAGAAUUGUGUGUUCUGUGAUUUUUGGAUGCUCAGUGGAUCGAGUGUCGACAGUUUUUAAUGGUUUUUGUGAAUGAAUGUACAGGUGUGAACUCGUGAAUGGUUUUGGUUUUUUUGUGGGAUUUAGAAGCAAAAACCUGCUGAAAACAAUAGGAACAAAAGAUGAAUCUGCAAAUGUAAUCCACCGGUAUGUAGUGUAAUAACCAAACCCAGUGACAAGUGCCAGUGAAGUGUAGUGUAGUGAGCGAUAUGCUAGAGUGAAUCAGGCCAGUCGGGGCCAAACCAGGCCAUUUAGGUCAUGACCAGGCCGAGGCUCAAAUGCGCCGCUUGGGCCUGGCUGGCGGUCCUCGCGGCUUUCGGCAGAACCACCGCUUAUACUGAUACCGAGGAGUUCUUGAGUGAUCUGGAUAAACCAGUGCCAACAUCAGACGUGCAAGGCGUGUUGGGGAAGAAGGCAUCACUGCCGUGCGACAUCCAGCCUCUUCACUCAGACGACGACGUGGUGAUGGUGCUGUGGUUCAAGGAGUCGGAUGGUGAUCAGCCUUUGUACAGCUACGACAUCAGAGGCCGCUCCAUCAACCAGCCGAAGCUGUGGUCUUCCCCCACGGUCUUCGGGAACCGCGCCUUCUUCCGCGGCAGCGCCACCCCAGCAGUCCUCAUGGUGGACAAUGUGAUAGCCAGUGAUGCUGGCGUGUAUAGAUGCAGGGUAGACUUCAAGAAUUCGCCUACUAGGAACCUCAAAGUUAAUUUUACUGUUAUUAUCCCACCAAAUCGUCCAACAAUAUUCGACGCAAAAAGAAGAGAUAGAACGAAACUAGUGGAGCCUUACAAUGAAGGCUCCAAUGUCCUCCUUAUUUGUGAAGUAGAAGGAGGAAAACCAAGACCACGAGUAACGUGGUACUUGGAAAAUGUGGUGAUAGAUGACUCCUUCGAUCAGCGUCCUGACGGCGUGACGGUGAACACGCUGACCUUCCCCAACGUGGGGCGACAGCAUCUGAACGCCAGGCUCGUCUGCCAGGCUUCUAAUACCAACUUAGCGCAGCCGGAGACCAAAGUCUUAAUUUUAGAUAUUAAUUUGAAGCCAAUUACUGUGAAUAUAUUGACUAAGGAGAAGCAGGUGUCAGCAGAUAAAAGGUACGAAGUGGAAUGUAAGACUACAGGUUCGAGACCCGAGGCGUAUGUCACGUGGUGGAAGAAUAACAGACAAUUGAAGAGGAUGGCGAAAAAUUUUUCCGAGAACAACGAAACACUGAGCGUGUUGAGCUUAGUGCCAAGCGUCGAGGAUGAUGGCAAAUAUUUGACGUGCCGAGCUGAAAACAAACAUAUACAGGACUCCGCGAUUGAGGACAAAUGGAGGCUCAAUGUUCACUAUGUCCCCAUAGUGGACCUGAAGAUGGGUUCCAACCUAAACCCUGAUGAGAUUAAGGAAGGCGACGACGUCUACUUCGAGUGCACUGUCAAGGCUAAUCCCAAGACGCAUCGUCUGGUCUGGUUUCAUGAUAACUCAGAAAUCUUCCACAACGAGGCCGCAGGCAUCAUCCUGAGCGCACAGAGCCUGGUCCUACAGAGUGUAACGCGGGCAGCGGCGGGGGACUACACUUGUAUGGCGGCCAACAGUGAGGGGAAGGGGACCAGCAAUCCUGUUACACUAUUGGUUAGAUAUGCCCCAGUCUGCGCAGAGAGAAGAGACGGCGAACUCUUCGGAGCGCUAAAACAAGAGACAGUCAGUCUACACUGUUCUGUGGAUGCCAACCCUGCUCUCGUCUCCUUUCAUUGGACCUUCAACAAUUCUGGAGAGCAAACUGAAUUGCCGCCUAAAUUAUACAGCAGUCACGGCCAUACUUCUACCCUGAACUACACGCCGACCACGGACAUGGAAUACGGUACUUUAGCCUGCUACGGAGAAAACGCAGUAGGCCAACAGAAAGUGCCGUGUCUAUUCCAAUUAGUGGCUGCAGGACGUCCAUUCCACCUGCAGAACUGCUCGGUAGCCAACCAGAGCAUCGACUCCUUGAAUGUGGAGUGCGUUGAGAACUUCGACGGUGGACUGCCACAAACCUUCCUCAUGGAACUGCUGGAAUUACCCUCACUUAUUGUCCGCUACAACGUAUCAACCAACCGAACCCCUCCGUACUUCGAGAUCCGAGGUCUUCCACCAGGAGUGAGCUACAGGAUCGACCUGUAUGCUGUCAAUGCUAAGGGAAGGAGUGAUGUGUCAACUAUUGAAACUGUCACGCUGAAGGGACAGGCUAAGUUUACUGGUGAAGGCAGCGCACUAGGCAUGUCUCCGGUGCUGGCAUCCAUAGCGGCCAUGUCGGCACUGCUCGCGACCGCCGCGUGCGGCGUGCUCGCGGUGCUGUACAAGCGGCACGCGGCACGACAUCGACAUUUACCGGCUAAACAUGCUCCACUGAGUGAAGCAAUGUACGUAGAACGCGCGCCCCACUGUCCGACUCCCGUCAAACAAGAAGUGGAAUCCCGCGCCAGUAGUACUGAGCCUCGUGACAGAGGCGAGCGAGGGGAGCGAGCGGCGCGGGGGGCGUUACUGCACACCGAUCCGAGAGACGCUGAUGAUGCUGACCCGGAUAUUAUACCCAGUUUAUAUGAGCGAAGGCCAGUAUCAAACGGGUACAUGAGCCUGCAGCGGCCGCCAUCUUCGGGGAAGAUCACCAAGCUCAGCGGAGAGGACGUGAGGUCUGAACCCGACGGCGGCGCCUAUUACACAGACUAUAGGAAAAAGGAUUAUAGGAUACCUUUAACUAGUUCGUACCAUAGUUUAGGUCGCGUCAACAAAGGCGUGAACGCAUGCAGUCCGAGCUCCGCGACCGGAGUGACUUCGUCUCUAACCGCGCACCGACUUCGACCCGAAGUCGUCACGACUUCGCAUCGGGUGCAAGAGAGUUGUAUAUAAACACAACCCAUCCUGUGUACAUAGCCUUUAUACUAAGUAACGACAUAAGAAUAAGUAAUUUGUAUAGAAGAGACAGCGCGACACUUUAUUGCCUACUUUUUAUUUUCCUCUAAAA